AGGAUGAAAGUGCGUAAGGUACGAGUGCGUUGAUGGGGAAGCGACCAUGACGUUAGCCGAGAAACCAAUCAAUCCGAUUAUUUGUGCCGGCCUUUCUCGAAAUAGAAUUCAAUACAAAUCUGUGUUGCAGUAGCUGCUCUCAGUGUUUAGCGUUGAUUGCUGCUGUUGAACCGAUUUUGGACAAGGAGCUUUCCUGCCACCUCCAAUUCAAAACGCACUCAAGGGUCCACAAUUCAAUAUUCCCCUGCCACCAAGUGUUGGCUUGAUUUUGGACCUUAUCCAACAACUCCAAUAACAUUUGUCAAUAUAGACUUCAGGCACUUGCUAGCAGUCUUCAGUUGAACGAAAAAAUGGUGUGCUACACGGGAAAACGCCGAGAAGGCACGGCUUCUGCUUUCCGGGUGCUCCUGUGCUUGUUGUUGAUUGUGGCCGGGCAAGCUAGCUUUAUCGACAUGGACACACCGUUGGACAGGCGAACCACGACAUCUAUUGUUGAUGGAUCGGUUUAUCACCUCGUCAUGUCAGAUGAAUUCAAUACCGACAAUCGAACUUUGACAGACGGUCAUGAUCCCAUGUGGACAGCCUUGGAUAGAUCCGAUGAUGACGCGUCUUCGGCAGGAGGAGGUUCUCAGCAGUUCUACAACUCAACCAAUGUUCAGAUUGUAAAUGGGUCGCUCCUGAUACAUACAACUCUGGAGAAGACCGAGUGGACGAGAUUUGAUCACGUCAAGAAAAAGUGGACACAAGAAACCACCUAUUACAAAUCUGGAAUGGUGCAAUCUUGGAAUAAGUUUUGCUUUACGGGAGGCAUUGUCGAAGUGGACAUGAUUCUGCCAGGACAUCCCAAUAUUGGAGGUUUGUGGCCUGCUGUCUGGAUGUUGGGCAAUCUAGGCCGAGCCACCUACGAAGCAUCGACCAACAAUAUCUGGCCCUGGAGUUUUGAUAAGUGCGAUAGACAAAUGCAGCCGCGGCAAGCCAUUUCGGCCUGCAACCGGCAGAAUCACUAUGGCCUGCAUCCGUUCCAAGGAAGGGGGGCUACAGAGAUCGAUAUCAUUGAAGUCAUGACAGGAGACUCGGGUGGUUUCUUUGCUGCCACGGAUCCUCCUGUGGCACUUCCUUACGCUGACAUGACUCUUCAGUUGGCCCCUGGAAUUGAGAAGAAUCGUCCCCAAUCAGGAGGACUGCCAAAAAAAAAUGAGACCAAGGUGCAUGGGUUCACACAGUUUCAGGCAAACACCUGGUACGAAGGCCUGGAAUACGCUGGCAAUACAUCCAUUAACCCUUUCUUCUACGGAACUUACUUGGCCAAAACUAAACCUGGAGAACCAGUGACAAGAACGGCGAAACAAGCCUUCCAAGCAGAUGCGGUGGGAGUUGUUCACCAGCUGACACCUUCGCACUUCGAAAAGAUGCACACAAUUCGACUGGAAUGGCAACCGGGCCCUGGUGGUCGUCUCGACUGGUACACAAAAGGAUACCAAAAGACUAAUGAGAACGGUACCUACUACGACGUGGGUGACGGUGAUGGACCGGAUUGGGUCCCAGUAUUGACAAUCAAAGAUGAAGUUCUUAAGAAAACCAUGGGAUCCCAGAUCCCUAUCGAACCGACCUACUUGAUCAUGAACACAGCAGUGUCAUCAACAUGGGGUUUCCCUUACGAUGUUCCCGACUGGUGUACCAAAUGUUACGACUGCGAUGAUCCAACGUGCGCCUGUGCUUUUGCUCCUGGAUUUUGCGAGAUUUUGCGGCAAGGAGGCGUGUCCAUGAAAAUCGACUCCAUUCGAGUAUACCAGAGUCACAAUGCCAGCGCCCACGUGGGGCAAAACCACACUUUAGGCUGUGAUCCACCGGAGUUCCCCACAAGGGAGUUUAUCCGAGGGCAUGAAUACAGAUACAUGCGCAAUCCGCCAUUCUCCUACGAUGAUGUCCAUCCUCUUAAACGCAUCCAGCGCGGCGGUGGGGCGUGCAAAACGGACGCAGACUGUGGCGGCAACAACCUGAAAACAAACCUGACGAAAACCUACGAAGCUGCAGUUAGCGGCAAGAAGCGAGCAUUGUCAAAACCAACUCAAGGAAUGGGACGUUGUGUGUCGCCGAGGGGUCUCUCGUUCAUGUUCAGCACUGUAAUCCAUGACAGCGCCGCCAAGGUGUGCGUCUGCAACACCGGCUUCACGGGUCCACACUGUUUGUCCCAGGCCUUUUUCGAAGAUGCCCCGAGUGCAGAACAGGACAAAAGAGACCGAUCUCCCUUCCGAUCCAUUGUAGAAUUUCAAGCAACGCCAUUCAUGCUGGUUAUAGUUUGCACUUUGAUUACCCUGGCGUUGGGCAUUCUGGUGUACAGAGUCCAAGAAAGGAAGCGAGAGCUUCAUGAAUUGGAAGCACCAAAACUCGGUCAACCCAAAUUUGUGGCCACAAGCAAUUUCAUGGGGGAAGAGAAGAAUUUGCUCAUCACGGGGACCAGCAUAUAAUCUUCUCAAAUGAGUGCAGCUGCAACGCCACAAACGUGACAUCCACCUAUGCCAACAAUCUGUUCCAUUUAUGCGCUUCAUCACAUCGCCACGUGUUUUCAAUGAAAAUAAGCUACUAGUACGUAUAUCAAAAAGCCAAAUCACUUUUGUAACUCAAUCAAGUAACUCAGGCGCAUCGCCACUUCAC